AUGCCUCUCUUUUCAGGCAAAGAAGCCUUCGUCAUGCUCGGUCUCUCACCAAUCCAACCCUCGCUCCACCAUCACUCCCAAAACUGCACCAUCUGCACUCUCCCUCUCACCAUGCACCCGGGCCUCAUCUCAGAGCCGCCAUCCACAGCUUCAGAAGCAACAUCCAAUCGCGCUCCGCACCCAGCCACACGCAUCAACCUCUGCAACCACAUCGUUGGCAAAGAAUGCCUGCUCGCGUGGCUCGACAUCAGCUGCGCGUGUCCGGUGUGCAACCGCAUUCUGUUCGACGCCACCGACGAGGAGAUUACGGAGCGCGACGUCGCGUUUGUGUACAAGAAGUUGAGGUGGCUGUGGAGGAAGUGGGAGAUUUUCGCGGCGAUUGAGAGGGUUAUGUGGAGGAGGCGGGUUGAGCGGAGGAGACGCGAAGAGCGGGCUCCUGGUGUUGAUCUGGUGGAGGGGGAGAGAGGGGGAGAAGGGGGGGUGUUUGAGGGGGAGUUUUGGGAUGGGAGUGAGGAGGGGGAGGUUGUUGAGAUGGAGGAGGGUGAUGAGGAUGAGGAGAUGGGAGAUGACAACGAGGGAUACAACAACGAGAGCUACAACAACGAGGGCCACGACGAGGGCUACGAGGGGGAGAAUGAAGGCGAGGGCCAUGAUGGUGUCGGCGGUUCAGAAGAUAUGGACAUUUCAGAGUCUUCAGAGUGA